AUUGACCAUUGAUUGUGGCUCAUAUUGUUGCUGAGGUGCUUUUUAACCAUACAACCCGAGAUCAUACAAGUAUUUUAAUAUUUGUUUAUGUUUUCAUUCCAUUCCGCUAUUUUUCUUACAGUACACUCUUUCCUCAAGACAACAACAGUAGCCAUUAUUUCAGGUUGUACAUACAGGCGGUGCUGAAAGAGUUAAUAAGAUGUGGAAGAGAGCGCUGGGCUGCCAUGGAUCCACCUUCAGAGGGAUGCGGCGCCUCCUCGCACAGCUGACUGGGAAACACAGAUAGUGUGUCCGAAUGGGCUCUCGGCAUACUUGUUGAUCGUCGUGCGAACCACUGAUGCGAAAUGCAGAGCAGGAAACCGGCGGGUGAGCAGUAGAUCGUGCUGAGGAAAUCUCUGCCAUGUCGGAGGCAGAGGAGGGGGAAAUGGAUUGGGUUAGACCCUGGCAAUAGUAAACCAAUAACGACGCCUCCUUUUUUAAAUGCUAAUGCUUCAUCUCGGUUUGUGCCAGCGGAUUGUUUGUUCACAGAGCGCUACGUGCUGGUUUGAUUUAGUGCAGGAUGACAACAACUCACUACGAUACAAUAAUGAAAGAAAACAGGACCAACUGUAGUCCAUAGCCCUGGAUGUUUGUCUGAUUCCUCAACCUAAAGUCAUCAUGGAGAAAUCCUUGGAGUUGAACAAAGCUGGCUCCCGCUCAACAUCAUCGUUACCACCUGAACCGGUGGACAUCAUUCGAAGCAAGUCAUGUUUCCGCAGAGUGAGGCUGAAUGUUGGGGGUCUCCCACAUGAGGUCUUGUGGCGAACGUUAGAUAGGUUACCACGGACACGUUUGGGAAAGUUAAGGGAUUGCAACACUCAUGAAUCUCUGAUGGAAGUGUGUGAUGACUACAACCUCGAGGAGAAUGAAUACUUUUUUGACCGACAUCCUGGGGCUUUUACUUCAAUACUGAACUUCUAUCGCACAGGUAAGCUGCACAUGAUGGAAGAAAUGUGCGCCCUGUCGUUCAGUCAAGAGCUUGACUACUGGGGCAUUGAUGAAAUCUACCUGGAGUCCUGUUGCCAGGCGAGGUACCACCAGAAAAAAGAGCAAAUGAAUGAGGAGCUCAAACGAGAGGCCGACAAUAUGAAAGACAGAGAGGGAGAAGAAUUUGACAACACCUGUUGUGCAGAAAAACGUAAGAAACUCUGGGACCUCCUGGAAAAGCCCAGCUCAUCUGUCGCAGCAAAGAUCCUGGCCAUCAUCUCCAUCCUCUUUAUUGUGCUAUCCACCAUUGCCUUGUCUCUGAACACCCUCCCAGAGCUGCAGGACACAGAUGAGUUUGGCCAGUCCUCAGAUAACCCACAACUAGCCCACGUGGAAGCUGUGUGUAUUGCCUGGUUUACCAUGGAGUACCUGCUCCGCUUCCUCUCCUCUCCAAACAAGUGGAAGUUUUUUAAGGGUCCUCUGAAUGUCAUUGACCUGCUAGCGAUUUUGCCCUACUAUGUUACCAUCUUCCUGACAGAAUCCAACAAGAGUGUGCUGCAAUUUCAAAAUGUCCGACGUGUGGUGCAGAUUUUUCGGAUCAUGCGUAUCCUGCGUAUCCUGAAGCUAGCUCGUCACUCUACAGGUCUACAGUCGCUGGGGUUCACUCUUAGGAGGAGUUAUAAUGAGCUGGGCCUGCUUAUCCUAUUCUUGGCCAUGGGCAUCAUGAUCUUCUCUAGUCUAGUGUUUUUUGCUGAGAAGGAUGAGGAAGAUACAAAGUUUAAAAGCAUCCCAGCUUCUUUCUGGUGGGCUACUAUUACUAUGACCACAGUAGGCUACGGUGAUAUCUACCCAAAAACUCUACUAGGAAAGAUAGUUGGUGGUUUAUGCUGCAUAGCUGGAGUACUGGUGAUUGCCCUACCUAUUCCCAUUAUUGUUAAUAACUUCUCUGAAUUCUACAAGGAGCAGAAGAGACAGGAAAAAGCACUAAAACGAAGAGAGGCCCUAGAGAGGGCAAAGAGAAAUGGUAGCAUUGUCUCAAUGAACUUGAAAGAGGCAUUUGCUCGUAGUGCAGAGUUGAUGGAUGUGGUGGUAGAGAAGAGUGAGAGGCCUCAUGACAACCAUCUUUCUCCAAGCCAUUGGAAAUGGACUCCCAAAAGAGCUGCAUCAGAGACAAGCUCAAACCGUUCCUUUAAUGCACAUGAAUUAGGCUCUCCCGACAAGGGCCGAGACACCAGUCCCCAGAGGAUAAAUGUUCAGAAGCUCGAGGAGAUGUACAACCAAAUGGCCAAGACACAAUCCCAGCCAAACCUCAAUGCUAAAGACAGGGGCUCUAGAGCUGGCAAACAGAGGGACGAGAUAGAACUGGGGGCCAUCCAAGAUCACGGACCAACAGUGCUAGGAACCAGGGAAGGAGUGGGGGACAUGAAAAGCCUGUCCAGCAUUGACAGCUACAUCAGUUGUGCUACAGACUUCCAGGAGAAUCCACGCUUCACCCAUAGUCCAGCAAUGGAUAUUGGUCUUCAGGAAAGUAACAGGUUCUCCCACAGUCCGGCGACAGCUUUUUCCCAGCAUGGGAAUGCAAAAACAGGCCAGCAAACCACUGGGGAGCGUGAGCCCAUGCUGACUCCUGUGUCUAUCACAAAACCCUCAUACUCAGAGAAUGCACGGAGAUUCUUUUUUCCUGGCAACUCCUCAAAAAGCAUUAUACCCAAAGGAGGCUGUCGCAGCGAUAGGGGGUCCGGCCCGUCCCCGCUUUCAGACAGCUCAGUCCAGUCAGACAACUCUCUGUUAAGCCCGGAAGUUUCCGUCUACACAACCGCCAGCAGCAGAACUCCACCCAAGUCCCCAGAGAGCACUAGCCUGGCGGCAACUGUCUUCACAUUCCAUGACUCCUCCAUUAGCAAAUACAUCGACGCCGAUACAGAUGAUGAUGAGCACCUCCGCGACCUCUCUGAAGCCAGUCCGUCGGAGCGUCUUUUGGCUGGUUCAAGCCCAAAGCGCAGCAUCAACAUCAAUUACCAGAAAGGCACCAACCAUUUAGAAACAGCCCAAAAAAAGCUUGGCCAGAACUGUCUGUUCCCGAAUGAAGGAAUUCGUGGGGUCGUUCAUGAGAAUCAUGUAGGUCCUGAGAUGGCACGUAGACCAAAGGUUGAGAGGGGGCGUCAAAACACUUUGGACAAAGGCCUCUGAGGCACAAGUGCAGCAGAAAUAAACAGGGAGCUGGAGCAGAGUGUUUAUGAUGGAGACAUCCACCAGACUAAAAACACUAUCUUAUCCAGAGACAGAGAGGAAUAGACAAAGGAUCUCACCAAAACAUUUCACAAAUUAUCUGAGCAUGCCAUAGGGCACUACGCUCAGGGUCAACAGGUGUGGUGAAAACUCUGGGAGAAAAAAAACUUCAAAAUUGGAGAAUGUCACUGCCCCUCCUUCAACUCAUUCCUACUAGUGGUAUUACACAAAACAAAAGAGCACUCCCAGGUAACCUACGGGUCUGUUCAGAGAUACCCGUGGAAUCAGAGUCGUCAGAGAAAUGUGGUGUGUUUAAGCGGCAGGGGGAUAUCUCUAAACUCUCCAGGAAAGAAAUCCUAGCUGCCAGCUAUCCCAUUACUGAUUCCCAGUUCAUUUUGUAGUCUUGGAGAUACAGGAGCCUAUAAGCUACUUACUUGUGCCCUCCAAUCCCAAAACUGGCCUUAGUCAUAUACAUUUGUAGGGUUGUGCAUGUCUGCAUAUACUGUAAGGGUAUGUGUGCAUGUGUGUGAGUGAGUGUGAAUGUAGAUGGGUGAUCUAAUGGUAAUUCAUUGAUACACACUCUUGAGAUUGUCUUACUUGAUUUAUUUUUAUAUAGCUAAGAGAAAGUCCCUUAUAAAUAAAUGUAAUUUGCUAGUCUGCUGUGUCAUAUUCAUACGUGAAGAAUAAUCUGGAGAAAGGUUCAAUGUCUUGGCACAGCAGCAGUUAUCAAAAGCUCCAGCCCAUCAUCCAUUAAACUGAACACUCUUUCUUGAACAGUAUUUUGCUAUUCCCUAUGCUAUCAUGACACGGUGAGAAUGGAUGAUACUUUCAAAUAUUGACCUGUGAAUAUUAUCCUAGCACCCCAUUAUUAUUUUAAGGGUUGGCAGUGGUAGUGGACCAAUCAUUUUUUAUAUGGGCUAACAUAGGAGCCUAAAAUAAUAAGCUUGACUGCUGCAUAAAGCGCACAUUUAUGAAGCAUGCAUGCAUCCAACCAGUCAACAUACAAAAACAUGAGAUGCUUUGAAAAAUGAAAUGUAUAAAAAUCCAAUUAUAUCGUUUUUUCUUUACAGCAGGAGCAGAUGUUCAGCAUGCAUUGGCCUUCUUUUGACCAACACAAAAGCAUCUAAUGUAAUCACACUCUCAGAUAAUGGAAAUAAACCAUCCGUACUUUGCUCCUUUAAUCGUCAAACAAACUUUAAAGGCUCUAAAUAUACUCUGCCAGGUUAACAUUAUAUGUAGUCACGUCAGUUGUAAAUGCGGACCUGAUAAAACUCAUGCAUGAGCACACACACCCACUAAUGACACACACAGGCAUGAAAAAACAUUUUAAGGAUACAUCGAUACAUUUAGUUUCCAUGGCGACAGCAGCCGUCUUUUAAGGCUGGCUGCAGCUCAGCAAAGGUUUGUUAAUUGGGCGGCAAAGUCUGAUUGCAUUUAAUGUAUGCUUAACACAUACACAUGAACACACACACAGGCAUGUACCAAUAAAGUGACAGGUAUGCACAGUAGACACCUGUUACCAGAGCCACUUCUCACUGUGCAUAUUUAUCAGUACUGAAGCAACAGUAUGAUGCCUUGUUAUGUUCAUGUGUUAAAUCUCUGUAGUAUUCCAUAAAUACUACAACUCUCAACAAUGCAUUGUUUAUUAUCUGUUUGUAUUUCAACAUGGCAGAGAAACAGUCUCAUGUAACAACCAAAACCCAGAAUAUAGAGGGACAAAUGUGCUGUAUUUUAACCAAAAUCCUGAACUUAAAAAAUGUUAAUUAAAUAAUUUAUUAAGAUCGUCUUCACUCCUAAAUAGAACAUUCUUACAUGAGCAGGGUAACUAUAAAGGGUUAACAACCCACUGGUCCUCACUCAGCCUCUUUAAAUGGGAUUUCAAUUAUGAAAUGUUUGUAAUGCAUUCAAAUUUCUCAACAGCAGUUUUCUCUAAACAUAAUUGUCUGUAACUUUAACAACAUUAGUCAACAAAAAAAAACUCAGAGGAAACUGAAGAAGCUUCCUGUCUAAGAUACACUGGUGGAAGAUAUUGCUCUUUAAUACAAGUCGGUGUUGAGUAUACCAUUUAAUACAAAAGUCAACAGAAGGUGAUCGUCAUGCAUUUUUUUUGUGUGUUUGUCAAGAAUCUAAUCACACAUCCGGAUUUCUUUUCUGUUUUAAUCGCAGAGUUGAACCAUUUCAUAUUGCUCUCCGAUAGUGAGAGGAGCUGAGGUGUGAAAGGAAUAACAAUGGCUUUGAGAGGCAGAGAAAACUGUGUGUGUGUGUGUGUGCGUGUGUGUGUGUGUGUGUGUGUGUGUGUGUGUGUGUGUGUGUGUGUGUGUGUGUGUGUGUGUGUGUGUGUGUGUGUGUGUGUGUGUGUGUGUGUGUGUGUGUGUGUGUGUGUGUGUGUGUGUGUGUGUGUAUAUGCUAGCUGUACAGCCAGAACAUUAGAGCAGUAAUGGAAAGGAAUGAACUGUUUGGAAAUGAAUGCAUGUUGGGCGAAUCCUGCUUCUUUUCACUAAAUACUUUAUCUGCAGUUCUUACUCUCACAUACAGCAGUAACACAGGUUAUACCUUCAUCAUAUGAGAUAUAGGGAUUACUCAAACAUGUGAUUUUAUAGGGAGUGAACCCUCAUUUAAUGCUGAGAAGUGAGUGAUGGGAAGAGCAUUUUAUGGAUCUUAUUUUUUAUAUAAUUAGUCAAGGAUUGAUAGUGAUAAAUUCAUGUUAUGCAGCUGCAUACACUAUGUAUGAUACACAAUAUUUGUUUAAUUCAUGUUCUUAUAAUUUCUUAUCAUUGUCCUUUGUGGCACAUAAUCUACAGUAUCCGUUUACUUUAGAAGUUAAGAUCACAAAAAGGAAAACAAUGGCACAAAUUGGUUGUCUGCUAAAAGGUGUAACUAAAUGAAAGGAUACAAUUUUUAAUACAAGUAAAAGGCGUGUGGCAAAACAAUUGACUGCAACAGUUUCCAAAUGGCCUUUGGUGAAAUUCAGAGUGAAUCAGUUUUUAAUGUCUCCCUAAAAACAUGUUGUGAAUGGCUGCUCCGUUGAUUAUAUUUAUAGAUUGUCUUUUCACAAUAAACUUGUAUAAUUCUUCAUAAUUCCAUUGCAAGGUGGAAGUGGCAAGUUCAAUUAUCUAAUGAAAUCAUGUUGAAAAUGCAAGCUUAGUCUAUUUUAUUUAAUUUUGGUUAAACAAAAUCGUCCUUGACAAACAUUUGGAGUACCGACCUGUUUCAUGUAAGCUCCAUUAGAUAUGUGUCUUUAUGUUAUGAAAGUCAAAGCCAAUGCACGCAAAUAUCCAUUUCCCUGUUUCACAUAAUUUCCAGCGUGGAUUUCAAAAUAAGUAAGCUCUUUACAUCAUUACAGAAAAUGAUUGAUUAAGUUUCAUUUGCAACGCUACGAUAAAGGGCAUUCAGAUCACAUAACCUUUCCUGAAGAAUCCUGUGAGCUUCUGUCCCAUCAUUUAGGAUUUCUAUUACGGUUGUCAGGGACCAUGUUUCACUGAAAUAUCUCUAAACAACGAUGACAAUCAAUAUUUCAUAAAUAGAUAGCAUGCACUAUUGUGGAGAACUGAGAUUUAUUAUAGGAAGAUAUUACACAAUAGCGCAACCAUGUGCAUCGACAAAAAGCAAGUAUUUAAAUCCUUACACUAGUAUUGAUACUCUUAAGCUUGAGUGCUAAAGAAACAUCAAGCAUGAUGUUGUGAUUUCAUACCUAGACUGCGAUACUGUGACAUAAUACCACCAAAAUACAACAAAAUAUUUAUUUGGUCAUUUUUUAAAUGUAUGUCAUCCUUGUUUUUAUUUAUUCCAAAAGAGAUUUUAAUUUCACUGAUAUCCCUACUGAGAAAGUCAAACUAAGCCAUUAUUCUUGAUGAAGAAAACACAAUCAAGUUACUUGUUUUAUUUCUCAUUUAUUGACACAAACUAAAAAGAAGAGCACAGAUUCAUAAACGUUUCCAUAACAAGACUCCCGACUGUACAGUAAAUGCGUUUAGUUUACGUAAGUUAACUUACAAUAGAACUUGGUUGUCGCUCUAGCUGCUAAAUUUGUUUAGAGAGGUUUAAGUCUUUCGUAUUUUUUUGUUAGAACCCCAUAGGACCCUUUUCAAGGACAUGUGGUAGUUUCUAAAACCCAGUGAGAACCACUGCUUUAGCAAGUAGCCCAAUUUACUCUGAAUCUAACACUGUAUUACAGGGUUGGGGUCGAUUCAGAAUGCCUUGUUAAACAUAAACACAAAUAACACAUUACACUGUAAAAGGAACCAGUAUUACAGCAUGACGUAAAUAAAAACCAGUACAAAUUAAAUCAUAAUCUAUAUUUUUUCAAUGUUUUAAGCUCUCAGUGGAAUUGACCCCAACCUUGCCUAAGCCAUCAGUCUUUGUAAAGUACACUGUUUCCAGGGAAAUUAAAAAAGUUAUUUGAAAGACCUUAGCCAGCUCUUAUACGAUGUUGUUUGUAGGUCCCGAGGCUGUCUGUUUUGUAAAAAAAAAAGAAAAAACAUUUUUACCUGUUGACUUUCUAUGCUGUUGUUUCUGUAUCAAUGUUUUAUUGUUCUGUGCAUGUUGUAACUUUGGCGUUGUGACUGGUUGUGAUUCACACAGAGCCAGUACUUGUCAUGUAAAAAAAGUGUCUCAAUGUCCCAAGAUAUUUCUAUUUCUCAACAAAAGCGACAUUUCCCUUGGAUGAUUACAAUGAAAUAAAUCAGAUCACUUUACAUUUUGAUUAGGAUUUCUGACUUUCUUUUGUUGCUGUUCAUUUGCUGUUGUUGAUGCAAACUAAAAAUAAAAUAUGUUUUA